CAAAUCAGAUCAACUUGUUUCUUUAGACAGAGCAUGUUCUUCCAACAAUGGUUUUUGCGUGGAAGAAUCUGGAAAGAAAUGAUAUAAUAAAUAUACAAGCCCGAAUUUCAUAAGCCGAAACCCAUUUCCUAUAUAAACCUUAGAAAAAACACAAAUAGUUUGGCGUGGCGGGCUUUCAAUUGGAGAAACCCAAUUUUCAAUUUCUACUGUUUUUCAAUCUCCUCCUUUCUAAAAUUUCCCACUGAAUAAUUUAAAAAUCACUUGAAAAAAAACCCCCGCAAAAAUCGCCAGCCUUGGUCCGAAUGGGGAAUCGAAGGUUUGCUCAGGUGUCCACUAGCGACGACGAGGACGAAGUCCCGAUUCCUACUCGACGGUCCCGGCCCGAAGACACGAGGCAAGAAAGGAAGAGGAAGAAAAUGAAGCUACAAGAAGAGGAAGAGGAUGGAGAGAGGGAAUUGAAGAAGAAGAAGAUGAAGAAGAAGCGAGACGAGGAUGAUGAGGAAGAAGAAGAAGAAGAAGAGGAGGGAGUUCAGGAGGAUGCAAAGCCGAUAGGGGAGGUUGUUAGGGUUUCUGGGAAGGGGAGAGGAAGGAGGAGUCAUUAUGAAGCUUUUGAGUUUGAUGGCAAUCGAUAUGAUCUUGAGGAUCCGGUUCUUUUAGUUCCUGAAGAUCAGGAACAGAAGCCUUAUGUGGCAAUCAUUAAGGACAUUAGUCAGACUAAAGUUGGGAGCAUUAUGGUUACCGGGCAGUGGUUUUAUCGCCCUGAAGAGGCUGAGAGAAAAGGGGGUGGAAGCUGGCAAUCACGUGAUACAAGAGAACUGUUCUAUAGCUUCCACCGUGAUGAGGUUCCAGCAGAAUCUGUGAUGCACAAGUGUGUGGUGCACUUUGUUCCCAUACACAAGCAACUUCCUAACCGUAAACAGCAUCCCGGUUUUAUUGUGCAGAAAGUUUAUGAUACUGUGGAGCGAAAGCUUUGGAAGCUAACUGAUAAAGAUUAUGAGGAUAAUAAACAGCAUGAGAUCGAUGUUCUUGUUCAGAAAACUUUAUCACGUUUGGGAGAGCUCCCUGACAUUGAGAUUGAUGAUGCUUCUGCUGCAGUUGUUGAUCAGGAAGAGCAGUUGAAGGCAAAAAGAACUCUCAGGAAAAAGAACAUUUCACCUCUUGAUGUUACGAGGGAUGACGAAGGAACUACAAAGUCUGAUCAACAGCUGAGAGCUGAAACUCCUGGAAGCUGUACAAGUAAUACCACUGAAUACUAUACAAUUUUAUCAAAAUCUAUGGUGCUUACGGGGGAAACCCAUCGUGAUAAGUGGAUGGAGAGGCUUCUCCAAGGAGUUCAGUACAUGUGUAGUUCUCCUGAUAGCAUGCAUGUUGAUGACAAAGUAAAAAGUGGUUCUGAUUGCUUGGAACGUGAAAGCGACACUAAGAGUUCAGGAACUGCAAAUGGGUCUCAUGAGAAGAGUUCAAAUAGUGGCAAGUCUUUUCCAUGGCCAGAUGCUGCUGUUCCUGCUGUAACUGCACUUGAGAAGGCCUCACAUGAUGCUCUUUCUUCUGAUUUCCAGAAAUAUAACCAGAAGUUACGGCAGCUUGUGUUCAAUCUGAAGAACAAUCCAUUGCUAGCUCGACGCCUACUAAAUGGAGAAUUGGAACCUUCAACAAUACUUAACAUGUCACCUAAUGAGUUAAAGGAGGGUUUAACUGCAGAAGAAACAGCAAAAAAAGAGCCUGAUGAAUCAGAGCGCAUGCAGAUGACUGAUGCUCGGUGCUCAAGAUGCAUGGAGUUUAAAGUCGGUCUAAGGGACAUUAUUCAAGCAGGACAUGGAGACCGCUAUCAGUUGGAAUGUAUUGCUUGUGGGAAUUCCUGGUAUGCUUCUAGAGAUGAGGCAUCUUCACUUACAAUAGAGGCCUCAGGUUCUGCUAAAGGUGUUGGCACGGGACGAUCAGUCAUGUCUAAGCCUGAAAUUCCUGAGAAGAUGUCGGUUAGCCCCCAUGAAUCAGAAUCUACAAAAAAGGUGGAGUAGGAAUUUUGCUGGGAUCAGGAGCAAAUUUGACUUUGUACAGUUGAAUGUUUGUGUAUGUGAUCUAGUGUUGUAGUUAACCAAUGGCAGAGUUAUUACAAUUAGUUAUCAUUACGUUUUAGGCAUAUAUACGUCCAUGCAGUAAGAAUUGUGGGUUUAUUCUUAAACUUAAGUUGAAUCAACCAGUAUUACUUUUAAAACCAACUGAAUGUACAGAAGCGGUGCCAACCUUUCGGUUUUCCCGAAACUAUUUGGAUCUCAAGGGAGCUCAAUGGUUAAAAUCAAUCAGACCCAUUUUGAGUCAUGAUUUGCGUUAAGCAUGUACCCAUUUUCACCGAAUUCUUCUUCCUGAUUUCUUGAAUGGGUGGAUGACAGCGGAUGCUGCACUUUUUUCUGUUCUACUUUUGGAAGAAACCUGGCAAGAGCCUUCUGAAGUAGGGCUAACAUUAUGGAGUGGGGUUGCGUAGGUUGCGCUCACACAAUCAAUCUUUAAAUGGAUAAAGAUGGCAGCUAUGCUCGGUUAUGGUGGUUGCCCGAUUUCAGUUGUUAAUGCUACUUUAUAGUAAGAGUUUCCUUUUUCGGUUACCAACUGAAAGUUAUAACUUAGCCUUGUAGGCAGCCAUGCAAAUUUGAUC